AUGGAGAUAAAUAGGAGACAUUACUUCUGGAGUGACCAUGUAAAAUCAAACCUAUCACUUCUUCAGAAAGUUGACUACAAACAAAACCAGUGUUAAUACAUACAUCAGUGAUAUGAUCAAACAUUGGUUUUCAAUAUUUGCUGUUGUGGUUCAUUUCUGAAGAACUGCUCUUUUGAAAGAGUGAAUUUCUUCAUUGUAACACGCCGGGAACACUCCAGCUUCACUACUUGCCAUUCUCUCCUACAAAACAUGAGUAAUUUUGCUUAAAACACUCACUUGGCACCAAUUAUUUUUUUACUUUCAGUCAUGUUGCAAGCAGGUUUAAACAAUUACUGCGGAUUACAGGCGGGGGAGAAGCCAUCCCCAAGGCCGCGGCCUGGCCCGGCCCUGCCCGCUCGGCACGACGCUCCCGACACCAUGGCAACAGCGGAGGCCGCCGGGCCAGGACACGUCGCGCCGUGCCAGACUCAGCGCCACGCCCCACCCGGCCGCUGCGGAGGCAGAGCUGUUGCCGCUUUGAGCCGAAAGCUGGGCUCGCCCGAGAGCAUGGGGGUGAAGAUGGAGAGCGGCGGCGGCAGGCGGAGCCAAGUGAAUGAAUACCCAGCUGUGGUUGUUCCCAGAUGUGGUCCAGCAAGUCCGUUUAAAGGACAGCUAAGUACUAAAAGUAAUGCUUUCUGCAUUGACUCCUCCCGAAGUCUGACAAACCAGUACCUGAUCAGAGAUCACUUGAUGUUUCAUUAUAACAGAAUUCUUUCAGCCAAAGCAGCUGUAGACUGUUCAGUGCCCAGAAGUAGGUUGAGCAGCAUUAAACUUGCUGACCAACAGAGAAGAGAGAAACUGAAAAAGAAGAUAGCCAGGUAUGAAAAAGAAAUGAAUGUGAGCAAAAGUGCCUCACGAUCCAGCUCAAGAGAGAGUGGAAAGCUGCUGUCAACCUCUUUUGGAAAGAGUCCUGUGGAAGUUGAAGAUAAAGACAGUCUGUUCUCCUGUGUUGAGCACACACCAUGCCUGGCAAGAGCACUGUCACCUUACGGUGAGCUUGGCUUGCUUUGCUCCAGUCCAGUGGAAUGUGCCAGAAAACGUUCUCGGAAUAGAUCUAAUGCAUCUAACUCAAACUCAAGUGUCACUAUGUCAAGCACACCAAGAAAACGCUCCGGAGUUUCAAGCCGUUGCUCCUCUGAUAGCUUUGCGAGCAUCAGUCGUUCUCAGAGGCAUCAGGAAAGCAACUCCAAAACAUACAGUGGGGAUCUUCUGGACAGACACUCAGAAUUAUUUACCAGCAGCCAGAAACCUUUUACUCCACGCACCUUAAUAUCAGAUGCUAAAUCUGCCCUGCUUGGGUAUAGGUAUUACACUGCUGCUCAAAGGAAAAGGAAAAAGCACUGCAAGCAACACGUGGAAGCUGAAACACAGACUGAUGUGAUCAGCUUUCCAAGUGCAGAUAAAGGAUCUGAGAGAAAAGUUAUGACUGAACAGCAGAAGAUUACAGUGAAGACUGAAGAUAGAAGAUACAAUAUGGAUGAUGAGCCUGAGAAAGGAAUAGCUGCUUUUCCAUACUCCUUUCUAAGAGAGGCAUCAUUGUAUUCUGAGCAGCUUUCAGCAAGGAUGAAUAUUAAGGCUGUAGAAGAUGACCAUUUAUAUUUAACUUUCAUUGAAGAUAUAACAAAUGACAUUCUUGACAUUGGACUGUUUUCUAACAGAGUUCUGGAACAAUUGUUUGAGUGUCAUAUACAAGAAAAUAAGAACCGUUUGGAUGAGAGAGUGCAAGAACAGGCACAAGCCUUGAAGUCCUUUCUUCAAAAAAGCUCCCAAAGGAUGCCAAGAAUUCAAAGGUUAUUUUGUGAUAAAAUAGUCCCAAGCUCAACCAUUUCCUACUUACUCUUGCUUUUUCUUUGAAUUAACGAGGCUAGGUUCAAAGCAAUUGUAGUAAUGACAGAACCAGCCUUUAACUACCAGAACAAUCAUUUCCCUAAGCACCAGAACCACAACACUGCCAUCACUCAAAUGCAGAAGGUUCACCCUGUCCAAGAGCCAGACUGAGCCAAUGACAUCCAGAGCAACACAAGGUAACUUGCUUAGUGCCAAACUGAUGAGCUUCCAUCAUUCAUCCAGUGCUCACUCACCUCCAACUCUGCAACACUGUUCUCCUUUUGGUACCUGCAUACAUGCAGUCACCAUCAUACUCACAAAUGGUGUCCAUUCAUCAGUUGUCCUCUGGGUGCUGUAGGUAGCCUGGCAAUUUCUUUCUGCAGUGCUAUGAGCUGCUGUCCUCAUGCAGAAGCCAGACUUCCAGACAACAAUCAGAACAACAGUGGAAGAGAGAAAACACAUUUAUAUGCCAUCAUUGACGUCUUAAAGAAAAGCAGUGGAUAUAACAGCAACCAAAACAAACAAACAAACAACAACAAAAAAAUACCAGAACGUCAUUAUAUCCUGAACAGAGAAACUGUCAGACAUCAAACUCCCUGCUAGGUAUUGAGCAUUGCUGAGCUUCACGUAAUCUUUAUCUGUCUACGGCCUUCUGGACUUAAACAACAGGCUGCUCUUUUGAUUCUGGCCCCAUGCCAAAAAGAGUGCUUUGCACACACAGAACAUUCCUCAGGAUUUAGGAAAUGAUCAGACAGUUACAUACAUAUGUAUGUUAUUUUACCUUAUGUGCGUUGAUGCCACCAAGUAGAGCAUACCUGUAAGACAAAUCUUAAUUAAAAGCCCAGUCUUUCCUGAUAAUUGAGUCUGUGCAUAUGGCGUUCUGCAGGGACAAUGGAUGUGAAAUUGCCUGGUCUGCAAUUACGGUGUCCAGUGUGAAGUACAUCCUUUGAUGUUUGUGUGUAUCACUUCCAUUUUUGACUAAAUAUCAAUUACAAAACAAAAACUUCAGCAUCAAGUAUUGGUAGCAGCUUCAAUAAUGCUAAGUAAAUAACAUUACUCAUUAAGUCAUAUAAUCGAUGUUCUUUUCUCAUGGGCUUUUAGAAAGGGCUUUUCAACUUCUGUAAGCUCUGCUUAAAGGGAAAUUGAAUAUUCAAUAUUAAGAAUGGCUUUAUAAGAUGCAAAAAAGAAAAAAAAAUUAAAAAAUGAAGUUAGGUUGGCAGACGUGUGACUUUUCUGCCUCAAAGAUGAGAACAAUUAGUACCUGACAGUGGAAGCUUUAUCUUCAUAUUGUAAACCAGGGCAUUACUCACAGAGCUUUAAAAGAGGGAUAACAUCUUUUUGCACAGAAGGCCAAGUUCCAAACUGGAACACACAGUGCUGAUUUUUCUUUUAAUAAUGGAACAAUAAAACUGCAUCGUUGCUUCAAAUAUUUAUUUUUCAUGGCAAAAAUAGACUAUAAUAUAUUCAUUUCACAUAUAUUACAUUCAGUAAUACAAGCUUUUCUGUCUAUGAAACACAAUUUUUACAUUGUUUUACAAACCAAUUUCAGUUUUACAAGAAUUAAAGCUGUUUUGAUUAUAGAUUUUUACAGUAUUGAUGGCAAGACAGCAAAAAUAGACGUGUUAACCACUAGCUUUGUACUAGAAAAUAAUACUCAAAAACUCAUGUUGCUACUGUAAAUAAAGUCCCAUUUAAAUCCUUCCAUACUGGCUCAAACGAAAACAGAAGAAAACUGAGCCAGAUCCUGCAUUCGUCUGACAUUACGCCCUACAAAACUGCUGAAAGGACUUCAAACACCUACUUGCUUCAACUGGGUGAAGAGAUUUCAGCAGUGUGCAGGAGGGUACCUACCUACUGAUUUGCAAGCUGGAGUCUAAAAUUUCCAUCCGAGUCUUCCCAGAUCAGUCAUAAAGAAGACAAACAGUUUGGGUGUUUCAAAGGAACUUGAGAAGGUAUCUUUGUAAAGGGACAGCAUAUACACCUUGUCUGCCAGAAUCAUCCAGGAUAAGCAAGGUGACAGACUGGAGGACCUAUUUUCCUAUUGUGUUUCCUAUCAUUCUAAAACUUAACUGUGUUUGUAAUUAAAUACUUCCACAUCUCCUAAUUUUACUUAAACAUUUCCAAAUGGAAAAACUGCAUUUAAAUUCCCUUUAAAAAGGUUUCAAAAGGCGCCUUCUGAAAUUGUGCUCACAAAAGCAGUAAUUUGGUAGUUUUGACUGCUGCCUAGAAACAAAGUAAAACCACAGUAUCUACAGGCUUGCUCUCUAACUUGCCACACACUGCAUCUGUUGUAAACUCUAUUUGUUAGAUUUUUGCAUUUGAUUUCUGUCUUAACUCCCCAAUUAGAGCUGAAAAAUGGGCUUCUAAGUAACAAAUAUACUGGAGGUUAUUCUUUACCACUAAACGCAGCAUCACGUGGAAAACUGCAAAUAGAAUCCAGGGUCAUUUAGCAGCCAUUUUUUGAAAUGCACAUAGACAUGAAGAACGUUUUUUUCAGUCCUUGUAGACCUUAAAGGAACAUACAUGAUGCCAGCAAAACGCAUCAAGUUAGCUGGUCCCCAACAGGAUCUUUGUAAGAAAUCUUUUUUACAGCCAUAUUUGCAACAGCUGUUGCUGUAGAAGUUUAAGAUAUUUUCCUAUAGCCUAGCACAUUUGAGAUUCUCUGAAGUUUUAUUAGCACUGUACUUCAAAUGGUACAAUGUAUCAUAUUUGUAAGCAUAUGCCAAAUUCCACAAUUCAAAGGCCCAGUUUUCAGCAUAGCCUUAGCUCGAUCCAGUUCAUACCUACAGUAAGCAGCUGGCUGCAUUCACAAAUCAUUUAAACUCUGAAAUAAUCUAAUCUGCAUCCAUUACAAAUUAUCAGCACAAAUUUGCACAUACGCCCCUUUGCCUUCAGCUUGCACGCCUAAAACCUGAGACUGCGGCCUUAAAAUCUGACCUUUAGCAAGCAAACAGAAGCUGAGGUGACAGAUUGCACUGAAUCUGUUUGGAAAAGAAUAUAUUUAAAAAUAACAGAGCUUCUGAAAUAAUAUUUGGAGCUUCAAAAAUCACAUUUUAAAAAGUCAGCAGAAAUAACACCUAUGACUACAUGCUCACUUACCCUACUGUGUAAUAAAAAAAACAUACCAUAUGAAUCAAACCCUUCUAGCAGCUCCACUGUGGAUACAAAAUGUUCCAAUUCCUCCUCCAAAUGCCUUCAAGCCAUUCCUCAAAUCCACACUCUCCAGUUCUAACAUUUUGUACUUUUACAAGAGAAUUUCUUCCAAGUCAUCUCAGCUACUUUUCCUUGUAAUGUUCUAGCUUCAUGUAGGCACAUUCCUGAUGCAUUCUUUUGAUUAAUUCAUGCAAUCUAUAUUUAAAUUCAAAGUAGAUGUGAAUAUUCACAUUUUAAGGGCUUUCACUGGCAAUAAGCAUUACUUAAUCCACUCACGAGAACUGCAGAACUUUUACCUCUUGAGAGAUUGGGCUCUGGCUUUGCAUGUGUUUUUUGUACUGGAAAGGAAAAUAGAACAAUAAAUACCUAAAGCAAAGAAUUAUUAUCAGUUGAUCUGUUGCUCCUUUUAAAUUAAUAACUUGAGCUAACCAUUGUAGCAUAGUAACAAGUUCACUAUUUUAACUGCAGUGUUUUAGUAACAGUACUGGUAUUAAAACCGAGGUCUCAUUACAGUGCUGGCUUAUGAGACAAACCACCACGCAGUUCCCAAGUUUGGUCCAGAGGCUGCUGAGAACUAUGAGCCACUCAACUUUAACACAGAUUCCAACAAGAUAAGUGUACCAGCAGCCUCUGGUAGCCUUAGUUACUAAAAUUAAGAAAGUAUUUUGGAGAAAAGUGCUUUAAGUGUCACACACUUUAAAGAGGAACAAAAAAUGCAUACUUUCUCAAAACGUAAAGAAUUUUUCCAUUCCAGUAUGCAUUUAUUUUAGAAUCACAGAAUACCUUGGGUUGGAAGGGACCUUAAAGACCACUCAACAUCUCUGAAGGUUGCAACCUUCUAUUUUUUAUUACAUUCCUAUGCAGUUGUAGUUUUCACCAUUCAUGUGUGCAAAUGGUAUCACAGUGAGAGCAAUAUCAAGGCCUUUAAUUUUGCUAUUCAUGGAGACUGCAUUCCAACAUGCAGCAGAAAAAGGGGAUCACUGUUUUGUGGGCUGCAGAGAAGCAGUGCAAAACUGUCACGUAGCAUGGAGCACCUCCAUCAAAGAAUGAGCGAAGAGUGAGCUGCAGUUGACAGCAAAGCCUGCUAAGUGUCAUCUUCACAAUCAACAGGGCUGCGAAUUAUGUUUUUAAAAGAAGAUCUGGGAUCCCAUGAUUACAAGGAUUCCCUGUCCAAAAAAUCUCUCUUCAGAGCAAACAAGACAGAAAUCAAAUGUGCAGAAGCCCCUACAGCAAUCUAUUGGUUCCUUUCCUGACUCUUUGAGGAAUUUGAUCCUAAGAAGCAUUUACCACCUAGACCACAAAAGACGCUCACAUCUGUCUCUUGAUAGUAAUAUAGCACCUUUAUUUAUCCCUGAGAACUCUGGCAUUCCUAGAGAUCAGCAUUAUGUUGUUUUUCCUACUAAAUAAGUUCAGCUCAAAUCUUACAUGAUAAUUACCUGGUUUCUCUCCCAUAGUAAGAGAAGCACACCUGGCAAAAUGGCUAACAAUUUUAAGCUUUUGACAGAAGGAUCCAAUUUCCACUCAGGCUCUGACUGGAUUUGGGCCACAGAUUUUCUUAUAAAGUCCCACACUUCACAAAGCAUCCAGCACAACAGCAUGUACAAAGCAUCCCCUUAAAGGCUCAGAACAAGAAAGUGCUAAAAACUGAAUGCUCUUUUAAAAGCUAUCUGAAAAUCUAAACAUUUUUAAAAUUAGUUUUGUGACAGGAGAUUGUGGAGUUUUAUUUCUUUUGGUAUCUCCAGAAGAGAAACUGUUUGUUUUCAAUGCCCGCUUGGAACCAUAUGCUUAUAUGUAAAAACAAGCCUGCUACCUUCAUUAGGAGGGUUCAUAGAAAGUCAAGUCUUACUUAUGCAAAAAUGCACUACAAGUGGAAAGACUGAAAAGCUGAAGUGGAGGAAGUAGCAGUGUUACUGCUUUUAAAAAAACAGACUGUGACUACCAGGUUAGAGAGCUAACACCUCUGAAAGUGAUCUCACUUCCUCUCAGAAAGACGGAGAAGAAAAUGGAAGGGAAAAGCUUCCUCAGCCACCUCAGAAACUAUCUCACAAGUUUGGAAUGAAAUUGCUUUUUUUUUUUUUUUUUUUUUUUAAUGCC